UUCUCAUCAUUCUCAGCGAAUUAAACAUGAAGAUUUUGUCAACAAGAAUUGUUUACGGAAUGAUCAUUAUGUUACAGUUCUUCAAAAACAGCAAUAAUUCCCCAACAUUUGGUAAAUUCAAUGGAAAUACAAUACAAGUAUUAAACACUACACUUUACACAUUUUUCGGCAUCCCUUACUCUACACCUCCAAUUGAUGGGUUAAGAUUUCAAGAACCUCAACCAGUUCACUAUAAAACGAAUAUCAUAUAUAAUGCAACACAAAAGUCACCUUCGUGCAUGCAAGAUCCACCUUUCCCGGUAUUAGAAUGGAUCGAUCGCAAUCCUAAAGAUCUCAGCGAAGAUUGCCUCUAUCUUAAUAUUUGGGUACCAAGCUCAAAGCCAAAUGAAAAACCAUUUGCUACCAUGGUUUGGAUACAUGGAGGAGCAUUUAACCUGGGAUCUGCCAAUAUGAAUCUGUUUGACGGCGCUGUAAUUGCGGCAGUGGGAAACCUCAUUGUCGUCACAUUCAAUUAUCGUCUAGCUGCAUUAAGUUUCGCAAGAUUUAAUGACGAAGACGAACGAGGAAAUAUGGGCAUGUUAGAUCAAGUAAUGGCUCUCAAAUGGGUGCAUCGAAAUAUCGAAACUUUCGGAGGUGAAAAAAAUUUGAUAACUAUUUUCGGCCAGAGUACGGGAGCGAUCUCUAUCGCACAUCACAUGAUAUCGCCGCUUACUAAAGGCUUAUUCAACAGAGUAAUUUUGCAAAGUGGUAGCAAUUAUCUUGAAUAUUUUGCAGUGAAUACUUCAUUUAAUAUCGAAAAUACAGUUAGGCUUUCACAGGAAGUCGGCUGCAACGUAUCUGAUAUGUUAACAUGUAUGAGAGAAAAGAAUGCAUAUGAAAUUGUUGAAGCUGAAAAGCGAUUGAUUAAACGACAACGAACAAUACUAUAUUAUCAUCCACAAGUCGGUCCUCCAUUUCUAUCUGACGAUCCAUUUUACGAUAUUGACACCGGCAAAUUUCAUGAUGUCGAAAUAUUAAUGGGCAGUGUAAUGGAUGAAGGCACUCCCUUCGUUAUUGCACUGAAUCCAUAUUUAGCAAUAGAAGACAAGCCAAUUUUAUCAAAAGCAGAAGCGAAAGAUAUUAUGAGUAGGUUUUACAAAUUAACUGGAGAAUAUCUUGAUCGUAUUGUAAAGAAAUAUUUAGGAAAUGUGGCAGAAAUUGACUAUUCAGAAAUUUUAAAACAAACAAUCAAAGCUUUAGGCGACGCAGCAUUUUCAUGCCCCAUAUCACAUUUAGUGGAAAGACUAUCUCAGUAUGAUCACACAGUCUACGUUUAUAAGUUCAAUCAUACUCGAAUCAAAUCUCUGUUUAAAAAAUGGAUGGGAGUUCUACACAACGAAGAUUUGCAUUUCGUGUUUGGAAGACCAUUAUUAAAACAGAAAGAUUACACCGAAGAAGAAGUAUUGUUUAGCAGGAGAAUUAUACAACUUUGGACGUCGUUCGCUAAAACUGGGAAACCCACUUUCGAUGAAAUGCAGUUUGAAUGGAAACAGUUCGAUAAGCACCAACGCAACUUCCUUUCUCUGACUCUUGGUAAAAUUCGUCCUAUGAAAGCAGAUUUGGAAGAAAAUUGCAAAUUUUGGAAAGAGCUACUCAGAGAAUAUACAAAUAAAAUGUACAUGCANGUUACUAAUUAUCAAAAUUUGAAACUGAUUUCUAUGAUUACACUUUAUGUAAAGAAACCCACUUUCGAUGAAAUGCAGUUUGAAUGGAAACAGUUCGAUAAGCACCAACAGAACUUCCUUUCUCUGACUCUUGGUAAUAUUCGUCCUAUGGAAGCAGAUUUGGAAGAAAAUUGCGAGUUUUGGAAGGAGAUACUCAGAGAAUAUACAAAUAAAAUGUACAUGUACUAA